UCCUCUACAUGCGCAGAGAUUCAAGAACCAGACAAGUGAAAGCGCGUGUCCAAUACUCAUUGGAAAAGAGAGCCAACACGAACUGAGAUUGUUUUGUGACUUUUCUGCUUUUGCUGAACUGUUUGACGGAGGUACAGUGACCUGUGUGGAGAUUUCUCCAAUUGCGAUUUUCUUUAAUUACGAAAGCGUAAAUAUUGUGGGAUCUUCCGUAGUGGUUUAGAUCCGGGAGUUUGCCCAUAUGCUGGAGUCAGAUUUAGAUUCGCAUUAGUUCGUUAUUUGGCACCGGUUUGAUCGCGGUGUCAUAUCGGCUGUGGAUUGAUCACGCUCAGACUGUCAACUGAUUUUCCAUCUGCAAACAGUGAAAGCAUCUUCUCAUUAGGACACGGCUGUGUUUCAGCACACAGGAGAGAAUAAGGAAGGCGCAUGAUGAUGUUGAGGGUCUCGGAUGCUUUGGUCACUUUGGUGACUCUCUACUGUGUGGUCAAAGGGACUGUCGGCGGAUACGGCAUGAGCAUGUUCGCCGCUCAGACCUCUCCACCGGAUCCGUGCUACGACGAGAACGGUCAGCCCAGAAGAUGCAUCCCCGAUUUCGUCAACGCGGCGUUCGGGAAGGAAGUGCGCGCGUCCAGCACCUGCGGCAAAACACCGAGUCGGUACUGUGUAGUGACUGAGAAAGGGGAUGAAAGGCACAGAAACUGCCACACGUGCGACGCGUCGGACCCAAAGAAAUAUCACCCACCUGCUUACCUAACCGACCUGAACAAUCCUCACAACCUCACCUGCUGGCAGUCGGACAAUUACAUCCAGUAUCCUCAAAACGUCACUUUAACAUUGUCCCUGGGCAAGAAAUUCGAGGUGACCUACGUGAGUUUGCAGUUCUGCACACCGCGACCAGAGUCCAUGGCUAUCUUUAAAUCGAUGGACUACGGAAAGUCCUGGGUGCCUUUCCAGUACUACUCGACCCAGUGUAGAAAGAUGUACAACAAGCCCAGCAAAGCCACGAUCACUAAGCAAAACGAGCAAGAGGCCAUCUGCACAGAUUCUCACACCGACAUGCACCCUCUCUCCGGCGGGUUGAUCGCGUUCAGCACCCUGGACGGGCGACCCUCCGCGCACGACUUUGACAAUUCACCCGUACUUCAGGACUGGGUGACCGCCACAGACAUUAAGGUGACUUUCAGCCGACUGCACACUUUCGGAGACGAAAAUGAGGAUGACUCGGAGCUGGCCAGAGAUUCCUAUUUUUACGCCGUGUCAGACCUGCAGGUCGGAGGCAGAUGUAAGUGUAAUGGACACGCGUCACGGUGCGUCAAAGACAGGGAUGGAAACCUGGUGUGCGAGUGCAAGCACAAUACAGCCGGACCAGAGUGUGACAGAUGCAAACCUUUUCACUAUGACCGACCCUGGCAGCGCGCAACCGCCAGAGAAGCCAACGAAUGUGUCGCAUGCAACUGUAACCUCCAUGCGAGGCGCUGUCGUUUCAACAUGGAGCUUUACAAACUCUCCAGGAGGAAAAGCGGAGGAGUCUGCCUGAACUGCCGCCACAAUACGGCGGGUCGCCACUGCCACUACUGCAAGGAGGGCUACUACAGAGACAUGUCUAAGCCCAUCUCUCACAGAAAGGCCUGCAAAGCCUGUGAUUGCCAUCCUGUGGGGGCCGCGGGCAAAACCUGUAACCAAACCACAGGCCAAUGCCCCUGUAAAGACGGUGUGACGGGUAUCACAUGCAACCGUUGUGCUAAAGGCUACCAGCAGAGCCGAUCUCCCAUUGCCCCCUGCAUAAAAAUUCCCAUUGCUCCACCAACCACCACUGCAAGCAGCACAGAGGAACCUUCAGACUGUGAAUCCUACUGCAAGGCUUCCAAAGGCAAGCUGAAGAUCAAUAUGAAGAAGUACUGCAAGAAAGAUUACGCUGUUCAGGUCCACAUCCUAAAGGCAGACAAAGCCGGCGAGUGGUGGAAGUUCACUGUCAACAUCAUCUCUGUCUACAAACAGGGAGAAAGCCGAAUCCGCAGGGGGGAUCAGUUUUUGUGGGUCAGAGCAAAGGACGUGGCCUGCAAGUGCCCAAAGAUCAAGCCCGGCAAAAAGUACCUGCUGCUGGGCAACGAUGAGGAUUCCCCUGGACAAAGCGGAGUGGUGGCAGACAAGGGCAGUCUGGUCAUUCAAUGGAGGGACACUUGGGCUCGAAGACUCCGGAAGUUUCAGCAGCGGGAGAAGAAAGGAAAAUGCAAGAAAGCAUAGUGAGGGGAAAAAGAAAGAGGAGGCUAUCAAGAGCUGGACAGAAAAACAACAGACGAGUGGUGGAUGGAAAGAUCAUAAGGGAAAGGAAGAGAAGGAAAAAAGACGAAACAUCGCUGCUUUGAAUAAAGGCAUGAAGAGAAUAUUAACUUUUUUUUUUAAAUAGGAACAUGUGUGAAGGAGUUCACGAUGCAGUUUUCAUUUCUUAUUUGUUUCCUUCAAGAUUUGUUUGCUGUUUGCCAAUUUUGCACCUGUGUUCAGCAUAAAGAAAGGUAUUUUAUGUUAAAUGGCUUUCAGAUCCAUUUUGGACGAUUUCAGACUGCUUGAGAAUCAGAUUAAGCCAUAUUUAAUAUUCUAAAACAACCUGGGGAUUGAGGAUUGAUACAUUACAAAUCUGAUAACAGUUUUUUUUAGAGCAAAAAAAAUAUUUAAAGGAACAAUCCUUCAGCAU